CUGACCCCGUCCCGUGCGGCGCGGCGCGGGCGGCAUGGCGGGGCCCUGGGCUCUGCCGGCGCCGCUCAGCGCGGCGCAGCUGAAGCGGCUGGAGCAGCACCGCUACAGCGCGGUGGGGCGCUCGCUGCUGGAGCCCUCGCUGCAGCCCUACUGGGCCUGGCUGGUGGGGCAGGUCCCGCUGUGGCUGGCCCCCAACGCCAUCACCCUGGGCGGGCUGCUGCUCAACUGCCUCACGGCGCUGCCGCUCGUCGCCUGCUGCCCCACCGCCACCGAGCAGGCACCUUUUUGGGCAUACAUGCUGGGUGCAUUAGGACUUUUUAUCUACCAGUCUCUGGAUGCCAUUGAUGGGAAGCAAGCCAGAAGAACAAACAGUAGUUCUCCUUUAGGAGAACUCUUUGAUCAUGGUUGCGACUCUAUUUCCACAGUUUUUGUUGUCCUGGGAUCCUGCAUAGCAAUCCGACUAGGAACAAAUCCUGACUGGUUGUUUUUCUGUUGUUUUGUGGGACUGUUCAUGUUCUAUUCUGCUCACUGGCAGACAUAUGUAUCAGGCAUGUUAAAGUUUGGAAAAGUUGAUGUAACUGAGGUUCAACUAGCCAUAACAACGCUCCUUUUAAUAUCUGCAUGUGGUGGAACAGCAGUUUGGGACUAUAAGGUCCCUUUGAUAGGCUUAGAACUGAAGUUCUUAGCAGUGUUUGGAAUACUGUGUGGAACAGCACUUUCUUUUUUCAAUUACUUCCGUGUUAUUUUUGGUGGUGGAGUUGGAAAGAAUGGAUCUACAAUAGCAGGAACAAGUGUUCUUUCACCGGGCCUAAAUAUUGGACUACUUAUUACACUGGCUAUUAUGAUCUAUAAAAAAUCUACAACACAGCUGUUUGAAAAACAUCCUUGCCUGUAUGUCUUGACGUUUGGAUUUGUGAAUGCUAAAAUCUCACAGAAGUUGGUGGUAGCUCACAUGACAAAAAGUGAAAUCUCUCUUCAAGACACUGCAUUUAUUGGGCCAGGGCUUCUGUUUUUGGACCAGUACUUCAACAGUUUUGUUGAUGAAUAUAUUGUUCUAUGGAUAGCAUUGUUCAUAUCCUUGUUUGAUAUGCUGAGAUAUGCCACUGGUGUAUGCCUGCAGAUUGCUGCUCAUCUUCAUAUACAUAUCUUCAAAAUUUCAUCUCAUCAAGCUCCUGAACAGGUAGAAGUUGUUUCUCCAUUGAGCCAUCAGAAUAACAUGGACUGAAGAGACUUGCGAACAGUUGCCAUCUCCUGCUGUUGCUGUUACAAGAAAAGGCGACAAUACUGAAUAAAUGCCUUACCAAAUCUGAUUCCCUGAGCUAAUUAAAUGAGUAUCAAAUUA